AUGUCCAAGGCACGGUCCGCCGUUGGAGCCGUGGAUCAGGUGGUAAAGAUCAUUGUCGGUGCCGGCCAAGCAAGCCCAAGUCCUCCAGUCGGUCCAGCGCUCGGUAGCAAGGGUAUCAAGUCAAUGGAUUUCUGCAAGGAGUUUAACGCGAGGACACAGCACAUCAUCGCCGGCACCCCGAUGCCUGUCCGGGUUACCGUCAGGCCAGACAGGACGUUUCACUUCGAGGUCCGGACACCGCAGACGUCGUGGCUCCUCCUCAACGCGGCCGAGGCCCCGAUAGCCAAGAAGGGCAAAAGGAAAGGAGCGAGCAACCCGGGCAAGGAGACGGUCGGGACGAUCAGCCUCAAGCACGUCUACGAAAUUGCAAAGAUCAAGCAGUCCGAGCUCCGACUCUCCGGCCUGUCGCUCGAAGGGCUCUGCCGAUCCAUCAUUCACCAGGCGAAGUCGAUAGGGAUCGCGGUCGUCCCAUGAAGAGACGUAUGUGUUCCGGACUCGGAUGGGGGGCAUUGCGGCGUUACGGUUGUUUCAGAAGCGGGUUGGGCCAAGAGCAUCGUCCUUUGAUGUGAUGAUAGAGGGAAAGAGCGCUUCUUGUCUCUUCCUGUACAAUAGGCAUUUCUGUACAGUAAUUGUUCAUGGAUCUUUAGGGCGGAAGUGGAAUGUUGGGAGCUCUGACAACACGUGGCAUUAACUUCACGUCCAUAACCCAGGCGUCGCUGUCUCAUAUCGUCAUGUACGAGCGUGAUACGUAAAACU